AUGGCGCGAAAUCCCGCACUGCUGCUGCCGCUGGCCCUGGGACUCUACAUUACCCUUGUUCCAUCUAGCACUACUGCCCAGUGCGAGAAAAGCAUAGAGUGCAUCAUCUCUGACAAGAGCAGGGUCCAGUGCCUAAAAUAUGACCCUGAGAGUGACGAUGUUGGACAAUGUUGUUGUUGCGAUAUCAACGAAUGCCAGAGGUCUAACAGAUGUGGAGAACGUACCAAAUGCAACAACAAAAACGGGAACUACUCCUGCGAUUGCUUAGAAGGAUUCGAGUACAGCACUGGGCCAAUGGUCUUCAAGAAUGCCAGUAACAUCACAUGCAUUGACAUUGAUGAGUGCCAGCAAAACGCCUCCAUCUGUGAACCCAACGGAAGUUGCAUCAACAGGAUAGGGGAUUACCUGUGUAAAUGCAAGCCAGGGUUUGGGAAGAGCUCCAAGGAUGAUAGAAAAAUAUGCAAAGAUAUUGAUGAGUGUGCCUCAAACCCUUGUGGCGAAGGUGCCCGAUGCCAAAACUUUCCAGGGGGAUUUUGGUGUCCGUGCAUACCUGGGUAUAUCAACUACACCGAAGUUACCCCCGAGGGUAAAGCGAACAGCAGUUGCAAGCCGUUCUCCUGUUCAGCAUCUCCAAGCAAUAACUGUUCAAAUGAACAGACAUUCAUCUGCGGCUUUACAGCACAGUUGGAGCGCAUCUGCAGUUCAUCACUGAGUGUACAGAACCACACGGAUAAAGAGAAGGUCCUGAAGGAUAUGCUGAAUCUGCUGGAUGACCUAGUGAGCUCACCUGCGCUGGAGAACAAAAGCAAGGAGGAACGACACCACAAAGCCACUGAACUGAUGAGAGAGAUCGAGUCCUGGCUCAGACAUUUUGCAGCCACCCUGAACAACCAGCCCAUAAGCAUUGAGUCCAUCAAAGGCACAGAGCUGGACUUGGAGAUGAGGGCAGCUGGAAAACGCAGCCAGAGCUCAGCGUUGCUGUCACAGAAUGGGACCCAAAUGGAGCUCAGCUGGGAUGUCGCAAACAGAGAAGGCGAAGCCAAUAGUCUGAUAGGCCUGCUUACAUACCAGGGCCUCGGGGCUCUUCUGACCGAAGCUCGUAUUGAAGGGAGUGAAAAGGAGGCAGCCCAGCCCCUCUGUGAAGUAACACUGUCCAAGGUGGCAGCUGCCUUUGUAGGCCAUGAAGACACCGUGUCCUUGAACAUCCCCGUGAACUUUACGUUCAACCACCCGGAAGCUGUACAUCCUCCCUGUUCCUCCACCUCCGGCAAGAAGCUUGAACGGAGACGGAUUUGUGCCUUCUGGGAGCCUGUCGGUGGGGGCUGGUCUACCAAAGGCUGCAAACUCCUGGAAUCCCAUGGCCACAGCACCCGCUGCCAGUGCGACCACCUGACCAGCUUUGCUGUGCUUAUGGCCUUCUAUGAAGUGGAGGACCAGGGACUGACUGUCAUCACCAGGAUCGGCCUGGUACUCUCGCUGAUCUUCUUGUUCCUCUCCAUCCUCACCUUCCUGUUCUGUCGCUCCAUCCGAGGCAUCCGCACCACCAUCCACCUCCACCUUUGCCUGGCGCUCUUUGCUGCCCAUGCCAUCUUCCUGGUGGGUGCUAGGAACACCGUCAAUCAGACGGCGUGUGCUGUAGUGGCCGGGCUGCUUCACUACUUUUUCCUGUCUGCCUUCUGCUGGAUGUUGCUGGAAGGCGUGGAACUCUACCUGAUGGUGGUUCAGGUCUUCAGAACCCACAGUCUCAAGCGCUGGCACCUGGUCCUCGUGGGAUAUGGGCUCCCGGCCGUCGUCGUGGGCAUUGCAGCUGCCAUCAACCAUCGGGGCUACGGCACCACGAAACACUGUUGGCUCUCAUUGGAACGUGGGUUUCUGUGGAGCUUCUUGGCGCCUGUCUGCCUCAUCAUCCUGAUCAAUGCCAUUGUCUUCGUGGUUACUAUCUGGAAGCUUACUAAGAAAUUUGCGGACAUCAAUCCUGACAUGAGUCAACUAAAAAAGCAGAAGGUGCUUGUAGUCACAGCCAUCGCCCAGCUCUGUGUUUUGGGCACCACCUGGAUCUUCGGCAUGUUUCAGUUCAGCAGCCACAGCCUUGUCAUGUCCUACCUCUUCACCAUCCUCAACAGCCUGCAGGGGCUCUUCAUCUUCAUCUUGCACUGCCUGCUCAAGAAACAGGUGCGUGAUGACUACUGCCGAUUGCUUUGCCGGCGCAGAAGUGCCAAGCCUCAAAGUAGUGACAAGUAUUCAGAGUUCAACUCUACAGGGACUUUCAACACAUUACGGGAGUUCUACAAAGUGGCAGCAGAAUGGAGGGAUGAGGAAGGGGAUAGAAGGCACAGUAAGUCAUGUAAUCUUAACCAGCAAAACCCAUCAGCCACACGAGGGAGAGAGGUUUUUGUACAAGGGCAGCUCAUAUGA